AUGAAGGAAGGUGAAAAAAGCUUAGAUCCACAACUAUGGCACGCGUGUGCUGGAGGAAUGGUUCAAAUGCCAUCAGUGAACACUAAAGUUUUCUACUUUCCACAAGGGCAUGCAGAACAUGCUCAAUCCAACGUUGAUUUUGGAGAUUCUUUCAGAAUUCCACCGUUGAUGCUAUGUCGUGUAGCUUCUGUGAAAUUCUUAGCUGACCCAGAAACAGAUGAAGUGUUUUCUAAGAUAACUUUGAUUCCUUUGAGGAAUUCAGAGGUUGAAAGCGAAGAUUGUGAUGGUUUUAAUGGUGAUGGUUCUGAGAGUUCUGAAAAGCCUGCAUCUUUUGCUAAGACUUUGACUCAAUCUGAUGCAAACAAUGGUGGAGGGUUUUCGGUUCCGAGAUACUGCGCUGAGACGAUUUUUCCUCGGCUCGAUUACUCGGCUGAGCCACCGGUUCAGACGGUGAUUGCGAAGGAUGUUCAUGGUGAGGUUUGGAAGUUUAGACAUAUCUAUAGAGGGACACCAAGGAGGCAUUUGUUGACAACUGGUUGGAGUAGUUUUGUGAAUCAGAAGAAGCUUGUUGCAGGUGAUUCUAUUGUGUUUCUGAGAGGUGAAAAUGGUGAACUUUAUGUUGGGAUUCGUCGCGCAAAGAGAGGUAUAGUGAAUGGAUUGGAAACACCUUCUGGGUGGAGUUCUGGUCUUGGAGUUGGACCUUAUGGUGGUGCUUUUUCGGUUUUUUUGAGGGAGGAGAAUAACAAGGUGUUGAGAAAUGGGAUUGGUGAUGGGGGUGUUGGUGGUAAUUUGGGAGGUGGGAGAGUGAAAGUGAGCGGUGAAUCGGUGAAAGAAGCGAUGAGACUUGCUGCUAGUAACCAAACAUUCGAGGUUGUUUAUUAUCCGAGAGCGAGUACACCUGAGUUUUGUGUUAAGGUUUCAUCUGUUAAAGCUGCUAUGAGAAUUCAAUGGUGUUCUGGUAUGAGGUUUAAGAUGCCAUUUGAAACCGAGGAUUCUUCGAGGAUUAGUUGGUUUAUGGGAACAAUUUCGUCUGUUCAUGUUGUUGAUCCGAUUCGUUGGCCUAAUUCGCCUUGGAGACUUCUUCAGGUAACUUGGGACGAACCGGAUUUGCUACACAAUGUGAAGCGAGUAAGUCCGUGGUUGGUUGAAUUAGUAUCAAGCAUGUCAGUGAUUCAUCUCUCGCCCUUUUCGCCACCGAGAAAGAAACUUCGUUUUCCACAACAUCCCGAUUUCCCUCUCGAUGUUGUUCAGUUUCCAAUACCGACGUUUACAGGCAACCCUCUUAAUCCGUUGUGUUGUCUAUCGUCUUCUUCCGAUCAAUAUAACGCUCCUGCCGCAGGCAUUCAGGGAGCCAGGCAUGCUCAAAUUGGAAUAUCUUUAUCAGAUCUUCGCGUUAACAACAUCAACAAUAAUAGAAUUCAGUUAGGUGUGUUUCCGAAUAACCCUAAGACGAUUUCUAAUGAUAAGAGCAAAGAAAGUUUAUCAUGUUUGUUGACCAUAGGAAACUCUCAUAAGAGAAGUUUGGAGAUAAAUUCUGAUAAUAAUGUUAAGAGACACCAAUUUUUGCUUUUCGGUCAACCGAUUCUCACCGAGCAACAAAUCUCUAGAAAAGCUUCUAGUGAUAAAGACAAAGAGAAAUGGUUUUUAAGUGAUACUUCUCAAUCUUCAAUUUCCGAACAGUUUUCACCGGGAAAAUCUUCUACUACUACGACUAGUACUACCGAGUUUUGUUGGCAACAACUUGGAUUAGAUACCGGUCAUUGUAAGGUUUUCUUGGAGUCAGAAGAUGUUGGAAGAACCUUAGAUUUGUCAUGUGUUGGUUCUUAUGAAGAACUAUACAGAAAACUCGCUAAGAUGUUCGGUAUAGAAAGAUCUGAGAUGUUGAGUCGUGUACUCUAUCGUGACGCAACAGGUAUUGUUAAGCAAACCGGUGAAGAACCCUUCAGUGACUUCAUGAAAACAGCAAAAAGAUUAACAAUUCUGAUGGAUUCAGCUAACAAGGAUACUAGAAGGGUUUGUAUCACAGGAGCUAGGAAUGGUGAAUGUGGAUUAGAUGCAUCAAAUAAGACUGGACCUAUGAGCAUAUUUGCUUGA